CCGGGACACUUGUUUGGUAUUAUUAGCCUUAUCCAGACUGAAUGUGACACGCUCGUGCGUCGCGUGCUUGAUCGAUUCCGGGCACAGCAUCGUCUGUCCGAGCUAUUUCGUCUCAUUCAACCAUCCGUCGGUUCGGGUGGGAAACUCGCUCACCCGGGUCUACUUUCCAACAUGGUCGGCACUGGCGGUUCUGCGGGAAACACUGCCGGUGUGGUGGGGACAGUUUCGUCGGCGGAACAAGUUCAACUGGAACGUGUUCUCACUCUGGAACCAAUCUUAUCAGAAAUUGUACUUCUAAAUACACGGAUUGAUCUGUACAUGAGGUUCAUGCGUCGCCAUGUUACGUCCGAUCUAAACAGUGCCGAAUUAUCCGCGGAUGAGCUGGAAGGUGAGUGA